CUUACUCACUCACUCACUCCGCUCCCGCACUAGAUUAAACCCGCUGAGAGGAGGAUAACUAACUCUCUCUGUCUCCUCCCUCCCUCUCUCUCUCUUUCCCUCUCCCUCUCUCUCUCUCUCUCUCUGAGUUGUGGGCGAGUGAGCCACGCUGCCUCCCCACAGAACCCCUCAGAGCAGGUCAGACGGCAGAGGCUUCGCCUGCCAAACGGAGACAAGCGCCGAGGAAAGAAAGAGAGAACUAGAGAGGGAGUGAGUGAAAGAAAAGGAGGGAAGGCUUCCUGCGGGGGGAGAGCGACGUCAGGCUCCAAGACGUCUCCGCGCUCAGGAGAGGACCGGGGAAGAUCGUCUCUCCCGGUUACGCCAGCAACCCCCCCCCCCCCACCCCGGACCGCCUCAGACGGGGGGCAGACGAGUCGGGACGGGACUGGCAGAGCAGCACACGGACACCUGCAGGCAGAGAGUUCUAUACCAGUCUGAAGACCCAUGGUAAUGCCCAGAGAAGACCCAUGGUAAUGCCCAGCUGAAGACCCAUGGUAAUGCCCAGAGAAGACCCAUGGUAAUGCCCAGCUGAAGACCCAUGGUAAUGCCCAGUGAAGACCCAUGGUAAUGCCCAGUGAAGGCUCAUGGUAAUGCUCUGCUGGUGUUAGGCCCAUCGUUGGUCCCUGUGUUCCUCCUCCCCCCCACGUCUGUGUUCCCCCGUCCCGGCUGGUGGGGUGCCAUGUUUUGGACGCUGCUCCUGGCCGUCCUGCUCCUGCUGCUGCUGCACGCCCAGCUGCACGUGUGCCUGCGGGAGCUGCGGUCCGCCACCCCGGCGCCCGGCAACGCCACCCAGCGGCUGCCCGGCAACGCCACCCAGCGGCUGCCCGGCGCCAUCAUCAUCGGCGUGCGCAAAGGCGGCACGCGGGCACUGCUGGAGAUGCUCAACCUGCACCCGGACGUGGAGGUGGCCAAGGCCGAGGUGCACUACUUCAACCUGGACGAGAACUACCGGCGGGGGCCCGGCUGGUACCGCGCCCAGAUGCCCCUCUCCCUGCCGGGGCAGCUGACGGUGGAGAAGACGCCCGGCUACUUCACGGCCCCGGCGGCGCCCGGGCGGGCGCGGCGGACGGCGCCGGACGCCAGGCUGCUGCUGAUCGUGCGCGACCCGGCGGAGCGGCUGGUGUCCGACUACACGCAGGUGCUGCACAACCGGCGGCAGCGGGGCAAACCCUACCGGCCGCUGGAGGAGCUGCUGCUGCGGCGCGGCCGCAUCGACCCGGACUACAAGGCCCUGCAGCGCAGCCUGUACCACCAGCACCUGGCGCGCUGGCUGGCGCACUUCCCGCCCGGGCGCGUCCACGUGGUGGACGGCGAGGCGCUCAUCCGCGACCCGUUCCCCGAGCUGCGGCGGGCCGAGGGCUUCCUGGAGCUGCCGCCGCGCCUCUCGCCCGCCAACUUCUACUUCAACGCCACCAAGGGCUUCUACUGCCUGCAGGCCGCCGGCCGCGACAAGUGCCUGGACGAGUCCAAGGGCCGCCGCCACGCCCCCAUCGGGCCCGCCGCGCUGCGCCAGCUCUGCCGCUACCUCCGGGAGCCCAACCGACGCUUCUUCCGCAUGGUGGGCCGGACCUUCGCCUGGUGCUGAGGCCCGCCCGGGCGCCACCCGUGCACGGAUUGGAGGGGAGCAGCCCCCCCCCCGCCGCCGACCGACCAAUCAGAGAGGGAGGUUCUCUACGUCGCCUCCGGCCCCCUCCUCCUGAUCUCUGCGUGGCUGCUGGACUGAAGAGGCCACAGUUAAGAACAGACUGGCGACACCGACGAGUCACAGCGCGGCCACUCCCAAGCUCGGCCAAUCAGAAUAAAGAACCGGGCCGCCCCUCAGGACACGUUAAAAGUUAAAGUGUGCCAGUACAGUGAGCUCAUGCAAACUGAGAAAAUCAAAAAAUGAAAAAUUUAUCUUUCAGAACAUUUUGUGCUAAAAACUGCAAUGUUAAAAUGAAAGAUUCCACCAAUACUAUAUACACACACUUUUGCUUAACAGAAAGGCUGGAUCUGUUUGUGAUGCUUUCAGGAAACCAAUAGAACUCACACAUGGAGACUAUAUUCGCCGAACGGAAUUAUAUUAAAUGACAUCACUCUUACGAGCUGUUCAGGGGGGAAUGGGGAAACCAGGACCUCUUGCCCUCAAUACAGUUUGGAGCAAAUCAGCAGCACCCGAAUAUGCCAUCAGGGAGUCACAUGGUUCGCGGCAAACAGUGAGCAGGAGGACCAAAGCUGCCGUUUCAGCACUGAUUCAGAGAUAGUGGCUACAUUUUAAAAAACACACCCCUUUAACUGGUCUUUCCUUAGUGGGGUCUCUUACCAAUCAUCAGAAAAAGAGUUCAAUGGCUUUAUUUGAUGGUAUCUUCCCUUAAAUUUCUAAAUACAUUUUUUAAAAAGGGGGGGGGGGUGGGUUUCUUCAUGCUCUAGUAAGAUCUCAGCCUGUGGAUAACAUUUUAUUUCAUUAUAAUUCCCCUUAAAUGAACGAAAUCCAGUGGCUACAAAUGAAAGCUUUGAUCCAUUGACGGCUCGACGUGUUUUUCGACUGAUCGCAGUGAACUCUGCAGGUUUCCGCCAGUCCGACGUUUAGCGAACGGUUCAGCUCAAAGCGCGCGGGUGCGUGGCUGUGGCCCGGCCUGUGGGCCGGUGUUUCAGGCCCGUCCGCCGGUUCCGGUCCACAGUCCAUCGCAGCAGAGCGGUGCUGUGUUAUACUCCAAACCGCCCGGAGUCCAGUCACACUCAGCUAUGACCGCUGCGAGGCCAUCCCGUGUGUGGCAACAGGUACGACUGUGAACACCGGCUUUCAGGCACGGUUCCGUAGGGUCGCUGUUGCUCUUUUGUCUUAUUUUGUAUCCAACUAUUUCAAACCUGUAAAUUAUUCAUUCAGGAGAAAUGUCUUUAUAUUUAUGUCUCUUAAAAUGGGAUAUCUAAAAACAAAACAAAACAAAAACUGUACUGUACUGUGAAGGGUCUAAUUUUGAUGUUUUUUUUACAGUCAACAAAAUGUAUAAAUGUAAGCAAUGGGCCUUCAAACGAGUGGACAGGAGUGGAGUGGUUUAAGCAUCCGUUUCAGAAACUCAACAGAAACUGAAUGAUUUUUUUUUUUUUGUACUCUCGAUUCCAUUUUGUGGCCACACAAAAUCUUUGGUCACCUGACCUUUAUCAGCCCAAUGAGCUCCUUAAAUGUCAUUUUGACUUCAAAGAGCACAUCCAUGUUCACACUUCACAAUGUUUCUUUUAACGCCGUCUCCUGAGAGAACAGGAAAACUGGGGGGGGGACAAUACUGCCUCUCUAACGGCCUUGUGGGCCAGCCCGUUACGCUGGUUCUCCUCAGCACGCCCUGCAGACUAUUAACGCAGCGUUAACGCAGCGCGUGAGGCCGAUGUGUUAGGGGAUUCAGUGACCCUCGGGACGCAGAUCCAGGCAAAGGAAUCUUAAUCUUAAUCCCCAUUCUCGGUUUUCUUCCUUCACACACACGUGAAACCAAAGUCAUUUUGAGACAGGAGGGGGAAAUAAAAGGCACCUUUUUUUCGGGGGGAGGGGUUUCACAGCUCAGAGGUGGCGGACGUAGGGGCCUGAGGAGACUGCGGGCAUGUCAGGGACAAGGUGAGAUGGUGUCUGGCCCGGGGGGUGGUGGGUUUUUGGGGGGGGGGGCAGAUGCUGUUCUAAUGGGGCCCUUCCCCUCCUAUCUACUUUACAGGUCUCUCAGCUCAAAGCCUCCAACGGUGCUUUGAUGGGAGGCUGAUUGGAAUCAAUACUGUUGAAGAGAAAAAGAUAAGAUGUUGCUCCACAAAAAAAAAAGAAAAGAAAAAAAGAGUCAUCAUUAAAGACUGACAGGAUCAAUGCUGGGGGGGGGGGGUGCAGGAAAAUGCCUUCAAGGGAAACGAGGAGAGAAUCCGCAGGAGGUUCAGCUAAAGUACGAUCAAAGUCACCUUUGUAAGCUUAUUAGUGCCAUCACUCCACUCUUAAUCAUGGGAUUAUCGCUUCUUAAUUCAUAUUUGUAUUGGGAGUCACUCUGUUCGUUUGCUUAGGCAGCAUUUAAAACGUACACAGCACAGAUAGACAUUAGCUUCACUCAGUGUUCAGUUUUACAGUUUUGCGUGUUGGUGUGAACUACAAAUUUUUCAAAAAUAAUUUCUAUGGUCACAUGACCCGGCCCUGUAUUAAAUGACAUAAUACAUGAAAUGUUUGUCACCCUGAACCACGGGCGUGAGGGGACAUAUUUGUGCUAAGAGCUGGUCUAUUUCCUAUAGUUUUUGGGUUUAUGUGUUAUUCAGUCAAGAAUGAAAUUGUUUUGUUUUUCAUUUUUCAAAUAAACAGAUUAUUAUGAGUUUA